CCCUCAACCACAGCCGUGGUAGUUGUGGUACAAAUUUGGUGUGUAACACAAAUUUUGCUGAAAUGUGUGUUCCCGCCGCGGCAGGGGUAACUGCAACUUGCACAACUACGACCACAACAAGUCCGACUUUUCCCAGUCUUACAACACCUUCAACCUUGCCAACGUAUGCUCAGUAUCUAUGUCAAAUAAUACGCAUAAAUGCCAGAUUUACUCUGCCAGCCGAAGUCGAUAACACUUGCAGGAAUUAUGUCUACUGUUUCCUUACCCGCAAUGGCACAUGGUCUGGUCAAAUUUACACUUGCCCUGGAAGUACAUAUUUUGAUCCAUAUUCCCGUUAUUGUGUGGCUACUAGACCCACUGGAUGUCCUUUUUAAGACACACAGGGACCAACCCAAAAUUUAAUAAAAUGAUUGUUUUGAUGUGUCAAGCUAAAUAAUCCAAUUAA